AUGGUUAAUUUGGUGUGGUUAUGUGUGGCCGCCAUUUUAUUGUAUUGUAAUGAAAUUUCAGGCAAGCUUCAUAUAUUCGAGCAGCCUGCAAAAGGCGAUGGCACGCUCAAGUUUUUGGUUAUUGGAGAUUGGGGAAGAAAAGGAGAGUUUAAUCAAUCACAAGUUGCUUUUCAGAUGGGAAGAAUUGGAGAAGAAUUAGACAUAGACUUUAUAGUAUCAACAGGUGACAAUUUCUAUGAUGAUGGUUUGAAUGGAGAAUCUGAUCCAGCAUUUGUGGAAUCAUUUACCAAUAUUUACACAGCCAAGAGCCUCCAAAAACAAUGGUUUAGUGUUUUGGGUAACCAUGAUUAUAGAGGUGAUGUAGUGGCACAAAUAAGUAGUGCCCUCAGGAAAAUUGACAGUAGAUGGCUUUGUUUGAGGUCCUUUGUAGUUAAUACAGAAAUUGCUGAUUUCUUCUUUGUGGACACCACUCCAUUUGUGGAGGAGUAUUUUACAAAUCCAGAGGAUCAUAUGUAUGAUUGGCGUGGCGUGGUUCCGAAAAAACGCUAUAUGUCCCGCACGUUAAGGGAUUUGGAGUCGUCGCUUAAGAAAUCACGGGCAAAAUGGAAAAUUGUCGUCGGACAUCAUGCCAUCAGAAGUGUGGGCCACCACGGCGACACCCAAGAGCUUAUAACUCACCUUCUUCCAAUUCUUCGGGCCUACAAUGUCGAUUUCUACAUGAACGGGCACGACCAUUGUCUCGAACAUAUCAGUGACAGUACGAGCCCUAUCCAAUUCUUGACAAGUGGGGCCGGGUCAAAGGCAUGGAGGGGAGAUGUUAAGAGCUUAAAUGAAGAAACCCUUAAAUUUUUCUAUGAUGGACAAGGUUUUAUGUCUGUUCAGUUGACUGAAAGUGAAGGGGAAAUUGUUUUCUAUGAUGUGUUUGGAAGAGUUUUACACAAAUGGGCAAAGUCCAAGCAGCUGCAUUUGGAAAUGUAA